AUGAUCCUCGAAGUGUACACCCGAAUCUUCAUUCCAACCAACAAACUCACCGAGACCAUCGAUUUCUAUAAAUUCCUCCUAAAUGGAGAAGAGACACUCCAUUUCUCAUACCCUGAGAAGAACCUCGAAAUCGCCGCUGUUUCAUCACCCAAGCUAUCCGUCCUUAUUAUUUCAGGCUCGGAUGAAUCCCUACAGCCAUUUCGUUCUACACAGUUGACCAUCAAGGCUGAUUCUUUGGAUGCGCAUAUUGAGCAACUCAUAUUAAGUGGAUGUGAGCAGUUAGAGUCUGUGCAAAAGACUCCUGUUGGGCGGAAGACUAGGUUUAAGCAUGUUGAUGGGGUUGUUGUUGAAUAUGUGUGUCACGAUGUUGAUUAG